AAUUGUAGCCUAAGAUAGGCGGAGGAGGCGCGUUUAAACUGUCGUCAGCUUGGCUCUUUCACGCAGGCGGAUCUUUUUUUAAAAAACGGCGAGCGCUCGGUCGUGUCAUAUGUGAUUAAGCUUUGGGGAGCAGCGUUUAUGGUCACGAUGUUAACGAUCAGUGCUGGGCUGGGUCCGGGGGAGGAGGACGCCUUUUACACACUUCUAAAACCAGCGCAACCUGAAGGUGUCCAGGGGGAAGAUCUCCAGCAGUUUACUGUGGAUACAAAGAAUGUAGUCAGGGGAAGGAGUCUACAAAGUAACUACACUCAGGCAAAAUUAGAGAUGGAGAAGUACAUGUCACAUGAACCUUCGAUUUUGCAAGAGGCCAAUAAAGUGAGGCGGGACGGGGUUUCCAUGGUGGACCCGUACUUUACCGAAGAAGGCUCCCCAUACAGCAUCAACAUGAACGUUUUUCUUCCCGACCUUGCCUACCUACGGGCUGGUUUGUGUAGACCGCCGAGGGCCGGCACUCCGCACAUCAAGGCGGAGCCCGUUCAGUCUUUCCUGCAUCCCAGUUGUUCCCACAGCAGCACGGCAGCGACCCUGCCAGAGUUCACCAGCACCUUCAGUCUGUCGAAUGGGCCCGGCGUCAACGGUGUUUACAUCAAGCAGGAAAUGCCCUCGGCUGACAUGGCCCAGGACGGCUCCUUGUUUCAGCUCCUCAACUCCGAGAUGGACGUGUCCCUUCAAGGAGACUUGGCCAAUGUCGACCCACAUAGUGGUCUCCCCAUAACCUCCCCGGUCUCCAACAUCACCAGCAUGCACUUCGUUGACCAACAGACUGGCGUGAAGCCCUUUUGUAACAUGCAUAACAUGGGCUAUUCCCUGCCCCCCAGCUUUGUCCAACAGCGUCAUAAAGCGCCCUAUCUCCCCCCCUCGCCGCCUAGCUCCGAACCCGGGAGCCCAAACAGACAAAAAGAUCCCCAGCAUAAUCUAACACCCCCUCCGUCCUAUGCGGCCAGCAUUGCCUCCAGACUGAGUGUCCACAGUCCCGGUCUUCCAUCACCCAUGCAUCCACCCAUGCCUGUCAAGUACAACCGCCGGACGAACCCCGAUCUGGAGAAAAGACGGAUACACCACUGCGACUUCCCAGGAUGUAAGAAAGUGUACACCAAGUCGUCUCAUCUAAAGGCCCACUUGCGGACUCACACAGGGGAGAAACCAUACAAGUGCUCUUGGGAGGGCUGCGACUGGCGCUUCGCCCGCUCCGACGAGCUGACGCGACACUUCAGGAAGCAUACAGGGGCCAAGCCCUUCCAGUGUGCCGUGUGCAGUCGCAGCUUCUCCAGGUCUGACCACCUGGCCCUCCACAUGAAGAGGCACCAGAACUAGCUUGGUGCUUCUUCACCAUCCUCUUCAUCAUGAGCCGCCUCGGUCACGUUUUUAUGUGAAACGAUUCUGUCGCCCUGUUUAGAGAUAUUAUUUUCCUUUACUUUUCAAACUUAACUUUCAGAACUAACCCAUUCCAUUUUGACAUGCUACAUCAGAGGUGUUAUUUUUCUUAUGUAUGUUAAAAAUGGGGGCUGCAGGGGCUGCUUUGUGCUCAUAUUGUUUAUAUUUGAUGUUGCCCCUUUGCCUUUGUUUUAUUAAUAACCAAUGGGUUACAUCCUCACUGACACGUCAAUGUCCAUUUAAAAGUUGCAAAAUAUUGUGUACAAAGAAAUUCUGGAAAUGUAUUUCUAGAAUUCUGCUUCUGCAAGCACUAAAAUAUUUAUUUUUUCUACUUUUUUACUACAAAUGUAAAGAAAAAGCAUGGUAUGCCAUUUUACAUAAGGUGUAAAGUUGCAAUGGAAUUUGCUUUUAGGUGUAAGUGUUCCACUAUCUUCUUGCACUCUUGCCUGAGUGAUAUAAUCAACAUAUUGCCAAGUGAUCUUGUAACAAUGGAUUGUUCAGUGUUUUGACUCAAGCACCUGGUCAGUAUAAUAAUGCAUCAUCAAACUGUCAGGAGAGUCCAUUGAAGACAGUCGUACAACUGCGGCUCAUGACAUACUGAAAUCUAAAUAACAAAGGUUUGAGUAUACUUGAAACUUAAAAUACUUCCUGUCAAGAAUGAUUACUUUGGUUAUUGCAGGUAUUCAAAGUACUUAUGACUGAAGUGUAUUUAUGUAUGUUGACCAAAAUUGUGUAAGUUAUUGACACAAUGGAAUUUUGACGAUUUGAUUAUUGCUCAAAAACAAUAAGUAUUUACGGUACCUAAUUUGCAUUUGUCAACUAUUUCAGAAAUGUACAGUGGUGUUCAGUACAAAAUUCAGAUUUCAUCUAUACACAUAAAAUCUAUAAACAUAAAAUUCCAUUUGCCAGAUUAAGCUCCUUUACUGAAUACUUGAAGUCAUGUUCUUUAUAGCUAUAACUGGAAAAUGCUAAUCAUCAUUUCACAGCACUGGACAUUUAAAAGGUUUGUCAUUAGUAAAUAAUCACUCUUCUGUCUGAAAAAAAGUUUGUAUCAAGGCUAAAAAAGUACAGCUACUGAUCAUUAAUAAUGUAUUUAUAACCAUUUAUAAAUGGGAUUUAAAAAAAAAAUCAAAUUAGACUAAAAUAACUGAAACAGACAUAUUGUACAGACACGUCAAGACUUUUUUUUUUUUUUUACAAAUAUAUGCAUGCUAUUUAUGAUUUGUUUCAGAUUAAUGAAGUGAAAUGAAUGUAUAGCAACACACUGACAUGUUAAGAACAGCCUUUUCAUUAUUAAGUGCCUUUUAGGUUUUUCAAAACAAAACCUUGGAAAUCAAGUCUUUCUCAGUGGUUUAUUUAGUGAUAUGAUUUUAUAUUGGAUUUGGGAUUCCUGUCUAUUAUACAAAAUGCUGGUUAUUUACUGGAAAUUUCAUUUUUUUUAAUUUUGUAGCAGAGUGAUAUCAGGUACGUGGACAAUAGGUAAUUUUAUGUAACUAAAAUGAUGUAAAUACUUGAUAUGCAGUGUACAUGGCUUUCAUCAGGUGUAAUUGCUUUCUUUUAACAGUUCAAACAAAAGGGCAAAAUUAUAGAUCGCCCCGCUGCCACAUUGUGUGAUUUAUUAUUGUUAUUACUAUAAUUAUUAUUUUUUUUGGCUUGAAAUAUAUUUUCUUUAAAUAUUUGUGAAAAGUGUAUAACGAGAUCUACUGAAAUUGCGACGUUGGAUUGCCACUGUUUUUGGCAAGAGAAAAAUAAAGGUUUCCUAAAGGUA